GCUCGGGAGAUACAGCAGUGACAGUGCCAUCAGUGCUGCAGGGCAAAGCAGACAGCCAGCUCAGAUGGCGUCCAAGAAGCCAGCAGCCACUGUCACCCUCUCUUCCCUCCUCCUCCUGCUCCUCGUCGCGUCCGGCGCCACCGCGGCGAGGCCGACGCGCCAGCUGACUUCCGGCGGCGGCGGCGACGACGACACUGGUGCUGCUGCUGCUGCUGCUGUCGCGCCAGCUGCCGCACCGACUGUGGCGCCCGUGGCUGCUGACGCGCCGACCGCUGCCAAUGCCAUCCCGGCUGCGGCAGGGGCGGCCGGCGCCGCGGCGUCAGGUGGCGCUGCGGCAGCGCCAGUCGCGGCAAGCACCAUCCCGGUGGGGGCGGGUGCAGCGGUGGCGAACCCCACGGGCGACCACGGGAUGGUGUUCUUCAUGCACGACAUCCUGGGCGGCACGAACCCGUCGGCGCGCAUCGUGGCCGGCAUCGUCGACAACGCGGCGGUCACGGGACAGCUCCCCUUCGCGCGGCCCAACGGCGCCGUGCUGCCGCUCAGCAGCGGCGUCAACGUCAACUCCGGCGCGGCGAGCGCCAUCGACAACAACAACAUCCCCUUCCUCACGGGCCUCGGCGGCGCCACCAACGCCGUCAAGUCCAUCAACAACAACAACAACAACAACGGCGGCAACGGCGUGCCCAUCUUCGCCGGCGGCAGCCUGCCGCAGGGCACCACGUUGCAGAAGCUCCUCUUCGGGACCAUGACGGUGGUGGACGACGAGCUCACGGAGGCGCCGGAGCUGGGGUCCGCAGCGGUCGGCCGGGCGCAGGGCUUCUACAUCGCCAGCUCGGAGGAGGGCGUCAGCCAGACGGUGGCAGUCACGGCCAUGUUCAAGGAAGGCGGGUUCGACGACACCAUCAGCUUCUUCGGCGUGCACCGCACCGCCGACUCGGAGUCGCACCUCGCCAUCGUCGGUGGCACCGGGAAGUACGUCGGCGCCAAGGGCUUCGCCAAGGUGGCCGUCGUCAGGCCCGGAGGGGUGGUGGCGUCCGGCGCACUGCUCGAGACCGACGGCGUCGAGACCGUGCUCCAGUUCACCGUCUUCCUCGUCUAAGUGUCCAAGUGUUGUUGUGAAUGCCUCUUGAGUUGUUUGAUGUUGCAACGAGUAGCAUGCAAAAUUGAAAUGUACUGCUUCUGAAGUUGUGGUUUGCAUGUGUUAAGUGUUCAAGCGUAAUUAGUGUUACCAAUGUAUGGUCAUUUUCAAAUAUGCAAGACCACUUGCACAUU